AUCAAACUUGAAAGCAACUCAACUGCUUUGUAUUGUUUAAUGGGAGUAGUGCUGUGCUUACAGCCACCGUUACUGUAAGUAAACGUAACUUGAAUGGUGGAAAAAUCUCAGAUUCCAAACAAAAACAUAUUAAACAAAUCCCCAAUUUCCUUUUUUACUGUUCUCUUCUUUAUCUAUUUCCCUAGGGUCAGUUUGUCUUCUCCAUAACCAAGAACAAAACAGAAGAAAUCUAUAAUUGUACCAGAAAGAAAAGGAGGGAAUAACACGUUGAAUAAAAGUAAUUAAGCACUUUAGUUUUGAUUUCUCUGAAUCAUUUUCUUCAGAUCGAAGUGGGUUUUUCUUAAAUUUUUUGAAGUGGUAUUUUUUUGGGGUUGGGGAAGAAGAAAAAAAAACCCUAGGGCUUUAAUUGGCGAUGUCUGCAGGGGUCUGUGGGAAACGGGUGGGGUUCGAAGAAAUCUUCGGAGCCUCGUCUCCUACGUCGGCCAAGAGAUCCAGGUGUUCUAGUUACGGAUCUCCCAUCCGAUCAGGAUCCGAGGACCCAGUUUCGGUCUUGCUUCAAAUGUUUCCUAACUUGGAUCCUGAGGUGGUAAAGUCUGCUCUCAGGGAUCAAGACAAUAAGAUUGAAGAUGCAAUUGUGAGUUUACGUGCACUUUCUUUUGGUGACAUGAGUGAAAGAACUAAAGCACUGGGACUUGAUUCAACAACAAUUGGGAAUUGUUCUGCUCUUCUUUGUGAGAGUAGGGUUACAAGUAGUCAAAUGUCAGAAGAUAAUGUUGGAAAUAUAAACACGGUUUGUGAUGGUGAAAAUAUAAUGGAUGGGCCCAAGUGGGUGGAUUUGUUUGUUCAUGAGAUGAUGAAUGCAACCGAUCUUGAUGAUGCUAGAGGACGUGCUGCCAGGAUUUUGGAGGCUUUUGAGACAAGUAUUACUGCCAAUUCAAAGAUCUCAGAGGAGCAGCAUGAGCAUGCAUCUCUAAAGGAGCAUCUGCAGAGCUUGUUGAACGACAACCAGAUUCUAAAGAGAGCUGUUGCCAUUCAGCAUGAACGCCAUUUAGAGCAGGAGGAGAAGGAUAAGGAAGUGCAACAUUUGAAGCUUGUGAUAGGCCAGUACCAACAAGAAGUUCGGAAAUUAGAGAUGAACAACUACGCAUUAAAGGUCCACCUUCAGAGAGCACAAGAAAGUAGCUCAAUUCCUGGGCGUUUUCACCCAGAUAUAUAUUAAGUUUAUUAUGUGAGUCUUCUUCAAGUUUAGUGUUUCCAAAUACGUAAUUUACUCUCUCUCUCUGUUUCUUACUUCUACAUUUUCUUUAAACUAGCAAUAUUAAGAUUUCUACACGGUUGUACUAAAAUGAUCAGCUAUGUGUAUGAUUCAAGCCAAUUACACUUUUGGCAGCUGUUUGUGUGAAA